AUGAGUUAUAGCAGGCACAUUGUAGCUCCUAUAUUUGGUGAGAUGAUCAUAUAUACUUCAUCUCUAACUCUGAAGGACACACAGGAGAAGAAAGAUUACAGAAACAAAGAGAGUAUGGAGAGUCUGUUACACUGUGACGAAGAUACUAGAUGGCUUAUUUGUACUCCUCCAACUAGUGAUCGCCGUAGGUAUAGUCAUGCAGUACUGAGCAAUAACAUUCCCGGUCAUUAUAAGAUGGAAAAUUGCAUGGGUAAUCCCUUCUACACCAGUAGAGAAGAAUCUGAGAAUGCUUUCAUGGUUUGCUUUAAGAAAGAGGUUGAGUACAUGCCAAAAUCUGGAUAUGUCGAGCAUCUUUUUCUGCCGUGUAAUUAUUGGUUAUUGCAUGGUAGGAUCAGAGCCAUACAAUGGUUUUUUAAGGCUCAUCACCGGUUAAGUUUUUCUUUGGAGACGGUGUUUGCUGCUGCAAAUUACUUCGAUCGUUUUGUUUCACUAAAUUACCAUUCCAUUAAAUGGGAAAACUGGACAAUUGAGUUAAUCUCCCUUGUAUGUCUAUCCAUUGCUGCCAAGUUUAUUGAAGUCUCCAUUCCUUCACUGGACGAACUUCAGAAUGAUCUGAACCAUUCAUUUCAACCUAGCAUAUUUCAAGAUAUGGAGUUGACGGUAUUAAAGGCAUUAGGAUGGCGCCUUAGCUGUGUAACAGCGUACUCAUAUCUAGAUUUACUGAUGCACCAAGCUUCACUACUACUCCAACCUGAUCUUCACUGUGUUAUAACUUCUCGAGUCACAGAGAUUGUCCUUGGGACCCUAUCAGAUUUCAAAUUCAGCGAGUUCAGACCAUCUAUGAUUGUGCUAUCAGCAACAAAAUGCAGUCUAGAGGAAAUACUUCCAUCAAAAUCCAAUGAUUUUUUUUCUAGUAUCACCUGUACUCUCAUCCCCGAAGAUCAAAUGAUUCCAAUAACCCAAUGUCAUAAAAUCAUGCAAGAAAGACUGGUUGAUCCAGUGUACAAUGUUGUCGAUCAUGAUGGGUGCUCUUACUUCCCUUCCAGUCCUGUGAUUGUAAUGACAAGAGAGGCAACUGAACGAUACAAUUGCCAUGUUGAUCUCUCUGUAGUCGAGGUAUAUUGUUCAGUUUCAAACCCAAAGAAGCGGAAGAGUGAAGCUCAGCAUAUGUACAUAUGA